GUUACUCGUAAGAGUCCUCACAGAGCGGCCGUUGUUGCUUUUACCUCCUCCGCUCCACCGCCUGCCCUUCCGCGUUGGUAACGUUGUUGAAAUUGUGGGCCCUUCUCCUUCGGCCAAAACCCUUAUCCUCAUCCAGGCUGCAAUUAAUUGUAUUUUGCCAAAGGAGUGGAAUGGCGUGGAAUACGGAGGGUUGGGGCGUGCUGUAAUGUUUGUUGAUUUGGACUGUCGCUUUGAUGUUUUAAGGUUUUCUCAAUUGCUAAAGCGACGAUUAAUUGGAUCAAGAGCCAAUGUGUUGGGGAAUGAACAUGAUGAUUUUCAUGAGUUAUUGACAGUGUGUAUGAGACGGUUCUUGUAUAUCCGUUGUUACAAUAGUCUCGAAUUUCUUGUUAUUCUUAAGGUGUGGGCUUGGGCUGCUGUAUGGAAGUGUUGUUUGCAUAUUUAGUCAUCAAAAGUCUUCUCGCGGCAGAAUUUUCUCUUUCUGCUAUAGAUUUUCCUCCAAUCAUAAAGGAAAGAAAUUUAGUCCUGAUACUCGACAAUGCAUUGUCGUCUUCAGAAAGAAAAGGAAACUCAAGCUGGUGGUGUUUAUUUGCUUAUGAUUGACAGUAUUGGAGCUUUUUACUGGAUGGAUCGUGCUUUGUUGUCAUCAUCAGGAAGCAACAACAGGAAGAGCCUUUCUCUUCAGUGUGUGGUAGAAACCAUGGUUCAGGAGAUCCAGAGGCUUCUGUUGGUGCACCCCAUGCUUGUGUUAGCUUCCAAGUCAGCUUCCUUUGGUGAUAAGCAGUCAACAACUGAAGUGAUAAGAAAUCCAGGUAAAGGGUCCUCAGUAAUGGCCAUGGAUUUUAGAAGUGGUCCUCAGAACCUAUUGCAUCGUGAAUAUAUGCCUUCAGUCUGGCAGUCUUUUGUUACGCACAGAAUACAAGUGCGGCCUUCAGACUAUAGUUGCAAGUAUCAGAAUAACGCCACCUACUUGACAGAAUGGCUGUUACCAUCUCUCAAGUUUUCAGACAAAUUUAUCAUUAACGAUAAUAAUGGCGCAGGACGGUCUCUUGGUCAUCUUGUGAAGUGCGUGCAUGAUGGAAAAUGGAUUGUCCGAACAGGAUUGUGAAUUGAAGAGAUUAAGCAUAGCCAAUCUUUGAAAAAUCCUAAUUGAAUUUGGGGAUUGUUGCUUGAAGCAUUUAUUUCAUGUGAAUAGAUUCAUUUUUGGCUGGAACUGUGAGACGAUGAAUAGUUUAUGUGCUGAAAUUGAAUUUUUGUAAUUGUUUGUACUCGAUGCAUGCCACUUGGCUUGUGCAUAUUAAAGUCAUAGAUGUUUUUA